AUGCCGGCCGCCUACCAAGACGAGAUGAAGUUCCCUUUCGCGUUCGAAAGUGGCAAAGAGAUUGAGGUACAUCAGAAGGCCGAUGGCGCCCAAACCGCAACCGUUUGCUUUCCUAAUGCACGGGGUCGACUGCCUUCAUCACGGGCAUCGCGGCUGCGAAGUAUGGUGCUGGAAGCUUACAACGACAGAAGCAAAAUCCUUGCCGUCCCUUGUUCCUACGAUGCACUCUCGUCUCGGCUCGUUGAGGAAGCUGGCUUCCCUAUCCUAUUCAUCUCCGGAUACACUGUCUCUAGUUCUCACGGGUUGCCUGAUACCGGCUACAUCGCCAUGCAGGAAAUGUGUGACAAGAUCCAGGAGACGUCUCGUGUGACGUCGAUUCCCAUCAUAGCUGAUGGGGAUACGGGAUAUGGAGGACCCGUCAAUGUGAAGCGGACAGUUGAGAGCUUUGCUCUUGCUGGAGCAGCUGGUGUUAUGAUUGAGGACCAGAGUUGGCCCAAACGUUGCGGUCACACUAAGGGUAAGUCUGUUGUGCCACGCGAAGAAGCAUUUGCCCGUAUCCAAGCCGCAUGUGAUGCCAGAGAUAACGGCUUGGACAUCUUUAUCCUGGCCCGGACCGAUUCUCUUAUUCUUGGCUGGGACGAAGCCAUCUUCCGCGCAAGGGAGUUCCAAAGAAUUGGCGCCGAUGGUAUCUUCAUCGAGGCGCUGCCUGAUAGAGAUGCAAUGAAACGAGCUGUCGACGAGGUUCAGAUGCCUAUGAUGGCCAACAUAAUCGACGGGGGGAUGACCGAGAACCUCUCCGCUAUGGAAUUAGCAGAGCUAGGGUUCAGUGUCGUUGCAUACCCCUUCAUGCUUGUCGCCGCCAAGUUGAAGAGCAUCCGCGAGACCCUCCAAGGUCUCAAGACGAGCCUACCAAUCGGACCGCCACCAACAAUUCUCUCCGCUGCUGAAGUCUGCGAAGGCGUUGGCUUCAAAAAAUAUUGGGCUCUCGAGGACAGAUAUGCUACUCGGGAUGUAAAGGCCAAGGUGGCAUCUAAUGGCAACCGUAAGGCAAUCGGAAGUUCACCAACCAAUGGUCACUGA